AUGGAUGUGUUGGAGAACUCCGAAGACGGUCUUCUACCAAAAUCUAGAUCAAUCGUUCUCACCAAAUCUCACCAAAUAGGCCGUAUCUUCCAACAGAUAUACGGUUAUGGUGAAUGGAAGCUAGUCCGCCCGCUAACUUUGGGGUUCUUCAGCUUGGUUGCCGACAACUUCACCACUGAGAUUAGGCGCGGCACCGUUACGUAUGACAAUGUUGCUGCGUUCCAUUUUGCCAUUGAGGUUGGCGCCGAUGAGAAGAUGGUGCGGGAGGUAUUCGAGUGGAGCAAGUUGAAGAAGGGUAAUGACGACGUUAAGGGGCGCGGAUUCAAACUCGUGCGACUCGGCCCAGGCUCUACGGAUCCUAACCAUGGAAUCGGUUCUUCCUUAUCUCCGCCGGGCGUUGAAGGGCAGCGGGGAGCCAAAUGCACUGGGGCAGCGCUGGGCUCUCAUGGUUGUUAUGACUUCGCUGAAGUUAUGGUGGUUGAAUGUGGGUGGCAGUGCGAAUACGACUGUGAUAGGCAAGGGGGAAGAGAUUCAUUACAACCGAUCCGUUCCGUAGAUAAUCUGGGCACAAGGGAGUUGGGUCUGGGUUUUGACAAUAUCGGUGCUUGA